AUGGCCAGCUUUGCAUCAAAGCGGCUCGCGCAGGAGCGCGCAGCUUUCAAGAAAGAUCAUCCCUUUGGAUUCUAUGCAAAGUAUGCGCCGAAUGAAGACGGCAAGGGACAGAACGUCUUCAAGUGGAACUGUGGCAUUCCUGGGAGAGCCAAGGGCCCUUGGGAGGGUGCGACCUAUGCUCUGACCAUGGAGUUCACAGAGGAUUACCCGAGCAAGCCGCCAAAGUGCAAGUUUGCACAUGUUCACGGCAAGCCAUUGUUCCACCCGAACGUGUACCCUUCCGGAACUGUUUGUCUCAGUAUCCUGAACGAGGAUGAGGACUGGAAGCCUGCGAUCACUAUUCGUCAGAUCCUUUUGGGCAUCCAGGAUCUUCUCGAUAAUCCCAAUGCUGCAUCGCCAGCACAGGAGGAACCUUAUCGGCUGUUCUCCACCGACAAAACCGAGUACCUCAGGCGGGUGAAGAAGCAGGUGGCCGAGGUCUCGCUGGGCGCGCAGAAUUCGGGGGCCUGA